GAGACCUAGGAAGAAAGUUUGGAGUGCCGAGGCGACUUGUGGGCCACUGGAUAAGGGAACCGGCGGACGGGGAUCUCCACUCCAAGUUUGUGCGGCGUCCCCGCGUCCCGGGGGCGCCUGCCCCGGCGCGCACUGCAGCCGCGGGACUUCAGCGCUCCGGGCGGAAUGGGACUGCCGCUCCGGUUCCGCGGCCGGUGCUAGAGGUUCGGCCUGAAGCCGAGGGGGAACUUCUCUUGAGCGCUGUCGCCGUGGGCCCUCAUUGUCUGCAGGAACUCUCCGGAAUCCGGAGGGGGAGGACUGGAUCGCUCUUCCACUGGGAUUCGUCAAGAGUUCCGGCUGCAGCUGCGGCGGUUGCCGUGUCUCCCUUUGUCCUCCUAGGACCUCCCUCCCUUCCUUUUCCCUCCCUCUGUCAGUUAGUGGGUCCUGCUGCCCCGGGCGCCGGCGCCCCAGCAGCUCGCUGUCCCCCACCCCGGGGUGCGUCCCUGGUAACUCCGACCACUUUAGCGUCCCCACUGAGUCGAGCCGAGGGGGCUGCGAGCAGGAGGCAGCCGCAGGCCCCUGGCCGCAGGAUGGUGGCGGGGCUCUCUCGGGCCCGCAGUCCCGGGAGCUGGCUGGUCCCCGGGCUGUGGCUGCUGGUGCUCAGCGGUCCUGGGGGGCCGGUGAGCGCCCAGGAGCAGCGCUCCUGCGGAGGAGCCUUUGAUCUCUACUUCGUCCUGGACAAGUCUGGGAGUGUGGCAAAUAAUUGGAUUGAAAUUUAUAAUUUUGUCCAGCAACUUACAGAGAGAUUUGUGAGCCCUCAAAUGAGAUUAUCUUUCAUUGUGUUUUCUUCUCAAGCAACCAUUAUUUUGCCAUUAACUGGAGACAGAAGCAAAAUCAGUAAAGGCUUGGAGGAUUUAAAACAUGUUAGUCCAGUAGGAGAGACAUACAUCCAUGAAGGACUAAAGCUGGCAAAUGAACAAAUUCAGAAAGCAGGAAGCUUAAAAACCUCCAGUAUCAUAAUUGCUCUGACAGAUGGUAAGUUGGACGGUCUGGUGCCAUCAUAUGCAGAGAAAGAGGCAAAGAUAUCCAGGUCAUUUGGGGCUAGAGUUUAUUGUGUUGGUGUCCUUGACUUUGAACAAGCUCAACUGGAAAGAAUUGCUGAUUCCAAGGAUCAAGUUUUCCCUGUCACAGGUGGAUUUCAAGCUCUUAAAGGAAUAAUUAAUUCUAUACUAGAGCGGUCAUGCACUGAAAUCCUGGAAUUGCGGCCUUCAAGUGUCUGUGUGGGGGAUGAAUUUCAGAUUGUUUUGUCUGGAAGAGGAUUCAACUUGGGCAGUCAGGAUGGGAGUGUUCUCUGUACCUAUACUGUGAAUGAAACAUACACAAAGAGUGUUAAUCCAGUAAGUGUGGACCUUAAUUCUAUGCUUUGCCCUGCACCUGCCCUGAAUAAAGUUGGAGAAACUCUUGAUGUUUCAGUGAGCUUUAAUGGAGGAAAAUCUGUCAUCUCGAGCUCAUUAAUAGUCACAGCCACAGAAUGUUCUAGUGGGACUGCAGCCAUCAUUGCGAUUUUGGUGUUACUGCUACUACUGGGCAUUGGUUUGAUGUGGUGGUUUUGGCCCCUUUGCUGCAAAGUGGUUAUCAAGGAUCCUCCUCCACCACCACCUCCUGCACCAAAAGAGGAAGAAGAAGAACCUCUGCCUACGAAGAAAUGGCCAACUGUGGAUGCUUCCUAUUAUGGUGGUCGAGGGGUUGGAGGAAUUAAAAGAAUGGAGGUUCGUUGGGGUGAUAAAGGAUCUACUGAGGAAGGUGCGAGGCUAGAGAAAGCCAAAAAUGCUGUGGUGAAGAUUCCUGAAGAAGUUGAGGAACCUGUCAGGCCGAGACCACCUCGGCCCAAACCCACAUACCAGCCUCCUCAGACAAAGUGGUACACACCAAUUAAGGGUCGUCUUGAUGCGCUCUGGGCUCUGUUGCGGCGGCAGUACGACCGUGUUUCCUUGAUGCGGCCUCAGGAAGGCGAUGAGGGCCGGUGCAUAAACUUCUCCCGAGUUCCAUCUCAGUAAACGGAAAGCAGGAAGACCAGGAAGGUAUGAAGAUACAUCUUCGCACUGCUGAUUUCCAACCAAAUGAAAAAAAAAAAAAAUAAGUGCAUUUCAGAAGUUUUUGGAAGAACAGCUUUCUUCCUCUCUGCCUUCUGCUUUGCUUGCACCAGACAUUUUUAAAUACUUGUUCUGCCAUCUACAUGAGAGUUGAUGAAACCCAGUGGUAACUCAUGAUUCAUGACAUUGAAAAUAAAGACUUGUGUUAAUCUACAUGCUAUGGUUUAUACAAGAAAGUUUGUUGGAAUGUGGAGAGGAGGAAAAGCAAAAACAACAGCAUGAAGAUGAUAUCGAAACAGGGACCACAGUACAACUGGCCGUGACGGAUCUGUAAUGGAGAGAGGAGUGCUUUACAUGGAAACAUGGCACUUGCGUUUUUACAUCACAAGAUGGUCCGCUACAGGCGAGUAUGAAAUUUCCCACCAGGC